GGUCGUGUGCUGUGCUGUGCUGGAUCCGGAGCGCUGCUGCUGCUGCUCUGUGGUGUCGCGGCUCUCCGUCAUGUCCCGCUCCGUGUUUGUCCUGGCUGCGCUGCUGCUUGUGUCCGGUUCGGAACCGGGCUCGUGUGAGGCGGAGCUGGACGGCGCUCUGGAGCCGUACGACCUGCUGUUCGACACCGCGGUGGAGGCGUACUAUAAACGGGACUGGCUCUCGGUCAUCCUCAACAUGGAGCGCGCACUCAGGAAUAAAGGCACGGUGCGCCGGGUGAAGGCUGAGUGCCGCCUGGCCUGCGCGAACCUCACGGCUUUCCAGCGCUCCGAGCCCGGCUCGCCCGUCCCGCUGCCCGGCGCCGGGCCCGUUCAGGACCUGGGGUUCUUCCAGCGCGUGCUGAAACGGGCCGAGUGCGUGAACCGGUGCGAGGCGGAGAAACUCGGGCCGCCGUCCGUGCACAAAGUCAGCGACGAGGUGGAGCUCGAGUUCAGGAAGAGGACUCCGUAUAAUUACCUGCAAGUGGCUUAUUUUAAGAUAAACAAGCUGGACAAAGCUGUUGCUGCAGCGAACACGUUCUACAUCGCGAACCCAGACCACAUGGAGAUGAGACAGAACCUUGAGUACUACAGCAUGAUGGCUGGUGUGCAGGAGACGGACUUUAAAGACCUCGAGGCCAGACCGCACAUGGCUGAGUUUCUGGAAGGGAAGAAGCUGUACAGUGCGGAUGAUUUUUCCUCCUCCAUCGGACACUUCGAGGCGGCGCUUGAGGAGUAUUUCACCGCCGACGCGGAGUGCCGAGCGCUAUGUGAGGGCGUGUACGACUACGAUGGAUACAACUACAUGGACUACGACGCUGACCUUUUCCAGUCCAUCACAGAUCACUACCUGCACGUUCUGGUCUGUAAGCAGAACUGUGCUGUGGAGCUGGCGUCCACCGCCGGGAGAGAGAAACCGUUCGAAGAUUUCCUGCCGUCGCAUUUUAACUACCUCCAGUUUUCCUACUAUAACAGUGAGCAGUAUGAGAAGGCCAUCGAAUGUGCUAAAACCUUCCUCCUUUUCCGUCCUGAUGACGAGGUGAUGAAUCAGAACUUGGCGUAUUACUCAGUCGUGCUGGGAGAAGAAAAAGCUGCUGAUAUUACAGCCAGACAGGUUGUUGUGCAGUACAUCAAGAAUUCCUUACUGGAGAAAGAGCUCUUAUAUUUUGGAUAUGAAAUUUUCGGAGUCACAUUUGUUGAUCCGGACAUGUGGACACCGGAAGAAAUCAUGCCUAAGAAACUCAGGGACAAGCAAAAGGCUGAUCGAGAAACAGCGGCUCGCAUCACAGAAGAGAUUGGCAACCUCAUGAAGGAAAUCGAGACGCUGGUAGAGGAGAAGUCCAAGGAGUCAUCAGACAUCGCCAAGAUGGUUAAAGAUGGAGUCAGCAAAUCGACACCUGAUCCAGAAGCCAGCUUGAUGUUCGAAGGCAUCACGGUCACCAUGACGUCCAAAGCUCUCAACGGUUCCCAGAGAAUCGUCCUGGAUGGAGUCAUCACCGACGACGAGUGCCGGGAAUUACACCGGCUGUCAAAUACAGCGGCGCAGAAAGGCGACGGCUACAGAGGAAGUCCGAGUCCUCACUCACCCAGCGAGAUGUUCCAGGGGGUCACGAUUCUCAAAGCUCUCAAGCUUGGUCAGAAAGGUGUGCUUCCUCUGAAGAGCGCUCGUCUGUUUUUCGACCUCAGUGAGAAGGUACGCAAGGUGGUGGAGUCGUACUUCAGUCUCCAGUCUCCUCUGUACUUCUCCUACUCGCACCUGGUCUGCCGCUCUGCCAUCGAGGAGAAACAGGAAGACCGAGACGACCUGAGCCACCCGGUACAUGUCGACAACUGUCUCCUGAUCUCCGAACUCAACGAGUGUAUCAAAGAACCGCCGGCGUACACACACCGCGACUACAGCGCUAUUCUCUACCUCAAUGAUGAUUUUGAAGGAGGAGAUUUCAUCUUCACGGAACUCGAUGCCAAAACCGUCACAGCGGUGGUGAAGCCUCAGUGCGGUCGCAUCGUGGCGUUCGGUGCCGGUAAGGAGAACCCUCAUGGAGUCAGAGCUGUGACGAAAGGUCAGCGGUGUGCGGUGGCUCUGUGGUUCACUCUGGAUCCUCGACACAAUGAAAAGGAGCGAAUUCAGGCAGAAGAGCUGUUAAACAUGCUCUUGAGCCCACUGAAUGCAGAGUUCCAGAAAACAGAGCAGGACCUCAGCGAAAAGACAAAGCCUGAGAAGGACAGCGUGAUGCUCGAUGGAGGAGCAGCAGCUGUGACAAAAGACACAAAAACACCUGCGGAAGAGCAAGCGGGCAAAACCGCAGAGGAAAAGACGCACGCGAACGCUGACACAAAGACGGACGGCGAAGACAAACAGCCGAAAGCUACGGGUAAAGAAAAAGCAAAGACCAAACCAACAGGAAAAGCAAAGACGAAAACAAAAGAGGCAGGAAAACCGAAGGCCAAGACGGCAGACAAAAAGAAAAAGGCAACUGCCAAGAAGACGGUAAAAUCAUCGUCCAAAAAGACAGAAGGCAAACAGCCAAAAGCAAAAAGCUCAAAGUCAGACUCUCAAAAGAAAAAGGAUGAAUUAUGAGCAUCGGUGCCAAUCUUUUAUUUUAUUUUAAUUUUUUAAGAUAAUUUGUGUGGGUUUUUUUUCUUUUUUUUUUUUCUAGCAAAUGACAAUCUGAUUAGCAUUUUUGAAGAGUUUUUCACUACUUUUUUAAACUACAGGUAAAAAAAAAUUAAUAAAAAAAAUAAAUAAAUCGCUUCGGUACCCAAGACAGGCAGCAGUGACAUGUGACGGAUAAUUCAUUCCAAACAUCAUGAGCCACCACUGAAAUAAACUUCAAAUAAAUUUAUUUUAACGAUG